AUGGAAGAGGAAAGUAUGAUGAUGCCCGUGCGGCCGCCGCGGGGCAUGACGGCGCGCCAGGUGACGAUGUUACGGCGCCUCUACACCAUGCACAUCGAGCAGCAGGAAGCCAUUUUCGCGCAGCCGCCCUCACCGGCGCCGGCGCCGGAAGCGGUGGUCACGGCGACGCGCGCCGAGGCGCGGAAGGCGACGUGCCGCAUCUGUUUCUCCGAGACCUACGCGCCGGACGGCCGCGAGCGUUCUGAUGAACAGCCGCGGCCGGAAACGAUGGUUGCGCCGUGCAAGUGCGACGGCUCGCUGAAGUGGGUCCACGUCGGGUGUUUGCGGCGGUGGCAGCGGCAGAUCGGCCGCGACAACGCCGGGGCCCUGCCGGCGAUCCCGCGGGGCCCGCCACAACGCCCGGGCGGCGGCGCGGCGCGGGCGACGACGUGCAACGUCUGCAACGCGCCGUUCGCGCUCGCGCCGCCGCGCGCGAAGGACAUGUGGGAGGAUUUGAGAGCUGGGUGCCUGCUCGUGGCGCGGGACCACGACCGCUUCUCGGAGAAGGGCGGCUUCCGGAAGAGCGUGAUUUUGGUGUUGGAGCUGACGCGGACGCAGGCCGUGGGCGUGUGCCUCGCGAGCGCGCUCGGCGAGACGGCCGCGCGCCAGGGACCCAUGUGGAAGGACGUGGACGACGACGUGAAGGCCGCCGCGGAGGAGGCCGCUUCCAGUACAAUCCACUGGCGGCGGGGCGGACCCGUGGGCGGCGGGCGCAUCGGCGCGCCGCGCUUCCUCGUCGUCGGCGGCGCCGGCGAGACGCUGCGCCUCGACGACGGGUCCGCGGUCGACGUCCUGGGCGGCCUCCGGGCCGACGACCUGCCCGAGGCGCUGGCGGAGGCGGACCACGCCGUGGCGGCGCGGACCCGGGCGUGAAAAUUGAAACCGCCUCCGACGCUUUUUGCGCCGCGCAGGUCUAUAAGGGCUACUGCCGAUGGGGCCGCCAGCAACUCGCGCAGGAGUUCGAGGGAGGUGACUGGGACAUCGUGCCGAGCGAGCGCGGCGACGUGGCGCCACAGCUAAUUGGCGAGGGCCUCUGGACACGGUGUAGGAGACGAAUAAACACAUCAUGA